AGGUAAUAUAAGCAUCACUGAAGGCCAGACCGAGCCACUCUUGUGGUGAUCGCCAGGUGAGGAAAGUGGCAGAAUGAAGCUAGUGGUAUUGGCAGCAGUUUUGGCCGGGGCGUUGUGUCUGCCCGGGCUCCCAUUUCAGUCUGACCACUGGGGGGCCAACCUGACUACGCCUGAGUUGAUAGAAGCCUUCGGUUACCCGGCUGAGGUACACACCGUCACCACGGAGGAUGGCUACAUAUUAGAACUUCACCGUAUACCCUUUGGUAGAUCUGGCCCUUCCCCCCACGCUCGACCGCCCCCUGUGUACCUUCAGCAUGGCCUUCUGGGGUCCUCCGCCGACUGGGUCAUGAACCAACCUGACGAGGCUCUUGCUUUGAUCUUGGUUGACGCAGGCUACGACGUGUGGCUGGGGAACGCUCGAGGCAACACCUACUCUCGUAAUCACGUCGACCUGUCUCCCAGCGACAUACAUUUCUGGGAAUUUAGCUGGGACGAAAUUGCUCUCCUGGAUUUGCCGGCGGCCAUCGACUACAUCCUGGCCACGACGGGCGUCUCCAGCCUACGCUACGUGGGCUUCAGUAUGGGUACCACCACCUACUUCGCCAUGAUGAGCAAGAAGCCGGAAUACAACGAAAAGGUAAAGGUGAUGGCCGCCCUGGCACCUGUGGCCUACUUGGCUAACAUCGAGAGUCCCAUUAAGGAACUGGCGCCCUACUCCAACGAAAUGGACAUGGUAUUGACUCUGCUGGGUGUGGGAGAGUUCAUGCCCAGCUCAAAGGUGAUGGACUACUUCGCUGAGCACUACUGCAACGUUGAAGACGCUACAGCCCAGCUCUGCUAUAACAUUCUCUUUUUGCUCUGUGGUCCUGACCCAACAGAGCUCGAUAAGGAAUGGCUACCGUCUAUCCUGGCCCACACCCCAGCAGGCACCUCUGUUCACACCGUCAACCACUACGGCCAGCUUGUUAACUCAGGUAACUUCACUAUGUACAAUUACGGUGUCUUGGGCAACAUUAAGCACUACGGCCAAGUGACGCCUCCCCUCUACAACAUCAGUCACGUGACUUCUCCAUUCUACUGGAGUGACAACGACUGGCUGGCUGACUACGUACAAGGAUUCGGAUUCUGCGUUGAUAGCGACAGCCUCAUGACGACCGUUCGGGAGAGGUCGGUGAGCGUCUAG